GAGGAAACCACUCCUUCCUUUCCUUCCAAAUUCCAUUUCACAUCUUCCCUUCUCUUCACUCCAUCAACCAAACCAAUUCAUUGCUCUUUUUUCCCAUACACCCAAAAAUCCUAACAACAACAAUAAAAACCAACAACACCCCCAAAGCAAAAAAGAAGAAGAGAGAAACAAUGCAACAGCUAUUGUUCACGGUGAUAUUGUCGGAAAUGGCAUUGAUAUUGGUGCUACUAUUCAAGACCCCAUUGAGGAAGCUAGUGAUAUUGAGCCUGGAUCGCGUCAAGCGCGGUCGUGGGCCAAUCAUGGUCAAGACCGUUGGUGCCACCGUCUUUGUGGUGCUCUUGUCCAGCGUCUACAGCAUGACCAAGAUCCAGAAGCGGUGGAUCGAUGAGGGAGCUGUUAAUCCAACGGAUCAGGUCCUCAUGGCCAAGCAUCUCCUUGAAGCCACUCUUAUGGGUUCCUCCCUAUUCCUUGCACUGAUGAUAGACAGACUACACCAUUAUAUCAGAGAACUACGUAUAAGAAGGAAGAGCAUGGAGGCAGUUCAGAAACAGGCUCGAGGAUCUGAAAAUGGGAAAGUUGAGGAAGCUAAAGCAUUGGAGGAAGAGACAGCUAAAUUGCGAGAAAAACUGAAGCAUCUAGAAUCGGAACUUGAGACGAGGACAAAAGAAGUGAAUGCUGCAGAGGCCAAUGCAGUUGCACUAAGUAAACAAUCUGAAGGAUUCCUUCUUGAGUACGACCGCUUACUUGAGGAAAACCAAAACCUUAGGAACCAGUUGCAAUCAUUGGACAGGAGAUUGUCACAUUCUGGUAGCAAGAAGAAUACUUAAGCAACACGGCACCUCUUGCAUUUUUUUCCUUCUUGAAGUUUUCUUUCAUUUUUCGUAGUAUCUUCCACCCCAUUCCCUGCCUCAACCCCAAGGGAAAAAAAAAAAAAAAAAAAAAAAAAUCAGGAGUAAAUAGGAUUUUCAUUGUGUGUUUAAUUUUACUUAGAGCUUAAGUGCUGGAGUUGAUCAAUUUUGUCCUGACAAACUGAGACAAAUUAUUAGGUUAUAACAUGGAAAAAAAUUUCUGCUGA